UUGUUUCUGUUAUGUUAUGUAGUCUUAUACCAGUGGCUAGAAGCCGACCGCCAUGACAGGAAGUCAGAUACUGCAAAAAGAACAUCAGGAGAAAAUUUUGACCAGAGCCCCUUGAGAAGAACUUUCAAGUCAAAAGUCUUGGCUCACUAUCCCCAGAAUAUAGAAUGGAACCCCUUUGAUCAAGAUGCAGUCAACAUGCUAUGCAUGCCCAAAGGGCUGUCCUUCAGGACACAAACUGACCACAGAGAUCCCCAGUUCCAUUCAUUCAUUAUUACCCGGGAAGAUGGAUCCCGCACUUAUGGAUUUGUACUCACAUUUUUUGAGGAGGUCACAAGCAAGCAGAUCUGUGCAGCCAUGCAAACUCUUUAUCAGAUGCACAAUGCAGAGCAAUGCAACAGUGUUUGCGCCUCAUCAUCAUGCAGCAUGGACUCACUGGCCAGCAGUCUGGAUGAAGGAGAUUCCACGUCACUGGCCAAAAUGCAGCGCUACAACUCAUAUGACAUCAACAGGGACACGCUGUAUGUUUCCAAGUGUAUAUGUCUCAUUGCUCCCCUGCCUUUCAUGCAAGCCUGCAAGAAAUUCCUCAUCCAGCUUUACAAAGCGGUCACUUCUCAGCAGCCCCCACCUUUGCCCCUGGAAAGCUACAUACAUAACAUUCUUUAUGAAGUACCCCUUCCACCCCCAGGAAGGUCACUCAAGUUCUAUGGGGUUUAUGAGCCUAUAGUCUGCCAGAGACCAGGGCCUAACGAACUUCCCCUGUCUGACUAUGCUCUCCGGGAGGCGUUUGAGCUGCUGGGCUUGGAGAAUCUCAUUCAGGUUUUUACAUGUGUUCUCUUAGAAAUGCAGAUUCUUCUUUAUUCUCAAGACUAUCAGCGUCUGAUGACGGUUGCAGAAGGGAUCACAACCCUGCUGUUCCCGUUCCAGUGGCAACAUGUGUAUGUCCCCAUCCUUCCAGCCUCACUCUUACAUUUCCUUGAUGCUCCUGUACCUUACUUGAUGGGUCUCCAGUCCAAAGAGGGAACAGAUCGGUCUAAACUGGAACUUCCUCAAGAGGCCAACCUCUGUUUUGUGGAUAUUGAUAAUCACUUCAUUGAGUUACCAGAAGAGCUUCCUCAGUUUCCCAAUAAGCUGGAUUUCAUCCAAGAAAUCUCAGAAGUUCUCCUUCACUUUGGGAUUCCCCUUGAGGGUCGCCAUCAUUGUAGCGAGAGCGCAACCAAGUUAAAAAACCUUGUCCUUAAUGACUUGGCCAAUGACAAAAAGAACGGAAAUGUGCCCAGCAACACCAUCAACAUGUAUGAGUUCCUCAAAGGCAAUGAGACAAUUGCUCGCCUGCAUGCUUUGGCAAAGAGGACAGGAGUGGCAGUAGACAAAAUGGCUAUUACUGCUUCUCUGGCAGAAAAAGAAAGAGAUGUUAAACUCCACUGUGAUGAACAGGAGCUGAAGGACUACAAGCUGAAUGUGCAGCUCCGGGAGGUCUUUGCCAACCGCUUCACACAGAUGUUUUCCGAUUAUGAAGCUUUUGUCAUUCAAGCGGCACAAGACAGGGAAUCCUGGCUGACCAACAGGGAACAGAUGCAAAAUUUUGACAAAGCUUCAUUUCUUUCAGAUCAACCGGAGCCUUACCUUCCUUUCCUCUCCCACUUCAUUGAAACCCAAAUGUUUGCAACAUUCAUCGACAAUAAAAUUAUGUCCCAAUGGGAAGAAAAAGAUCCAUUUCUCCGAGUGUUUGACUCCCGAAUUGAAAAAAUGAGACUCUAUAAUGUCAGGAUUCCCACACUAAGAACAUCGACAUACCAGAAGUGCAGCACAUUAAAAGAAGCAGCUCAGGCCAUUGAACAACGGCUGAUAAAGAUGGAUCACACUGCAAUUCAUCCACAUUUGCUUGAUAUGAAGAUAGGUCAAGGCAAAUAUGAGCAAGGUUUCUUCCCCAAACUUCAGUCAGAUGUGUUGGCAGCAGGACCUAUCAAUAACAAUCGGUGGGUGAGUCGCAGUGCUACUGCCCAGCGGAGGAAAGAUCGUAUUCGACAACAUUCAGAACACAUUGGCCUGGACAAUGAGUUAAGGGAGCCAUCAGAGGAGUUCUUGAUUCACCAGAACUCGAUGGCGUUCUGGGAGUGGGAUCAGGGCCUGCCCCCUCCUUCACGGCCACCUAAAAAAUCAUUCUCUGAAUGUUGCCUGAAAUACAUGCAAGAAGCAAGGACCUUGGGGAAAAAUCUCAGACAGCCCAAACUCUCUGAUCUUUCUCCUGCUGUAAUUGCUCAGACAAAUUGGAAAUUUGUAGAAGGUUUACUCAAAGAAUGUCGAAUGAAGACCAAACGUAUGCUAGUGGAGAAGAUGGGUCAUGAAGCAGUAGAACUUGGACAUGGAGAGGCCAAUAUCACAGGUCUAGAAGAGAAUACACUCAUUGCUAGUCUUUGUGAUUUGCUGGAAAGAAUUUGGAGCCAUGGAUUACAGGUCAAACAGGGAAAAUCUGCAUUGUGGUCCCAUUUAAUUCAGUACCAGGAAAGAGAAGAAAAGCAGGACCAGCUUGCAGAGUCUCCAAUUGCUGUUGGACCAGAAAGAAGGAAAUCUGACACGGGGCUUAUGUUACCUACUCUGAGAGUUUCACUUAUCAGUGAUAUGAGGCACAUUCAGAACAUGAGUGAAAUAAAGACUGAUGUGGGUCGGGCUCGGGCAUGGAUCAGACUGUCUCUUGAAAAAAAACUUUUGUCUCAACAUCUCAAGCAGCUCCUCUCCAACCAAGCCCUGGCAAAGAAACUGUACAAGCGGUAUGCCUUCCUGCGUUGUGAAGAAGAGCGGGAACAGUUUCUCUAUCACCUUCUUUCUCUCAAUGCUGUGAAUUACUUCUGCUUUACAAGUGUCUUCACUACCAUCAUGAUUCCAUAUAGAACAGUGAUUAUCCCCAUUAAAAAGCUAAGCAACGUAAUCACUACAUCAAACCCUUGGAUUUGUGUUUCUGGAGAACUGGGUGAUACUGGCAUUAUGCAGAUUCCAAAGAACUUGUUAGAAAUGACAUUUGAGUGUCAAAACCUGGGGAAGCUAACAACUGUUCAGAUAGGACAUGACAACUCGGGACUAUUAGCCAAGUGGCUGGUGGAUUGUGUCAUGGUCAGGAAUGAAAUCACUGGACAUACUUAUAAGUUUCCUUGUGGAAGAUGGUUGGGAAAAGGUGUUGAUGAUGGAAGCCUGGAACGGAUACUUAUUGGAGAGUUACUACUGUCAUCAUCAGAGGAAGAUUUGGGAAAACAGUGCCGGACCCCACCUCAACAGAAAUCCCCAACUAUUGCUCGGAGAUUGAGUAUCACUUCCCUCACAGGGAAGAAUAUAAAACCUAAUGCAGGACAGAUCCAAGAAGGCAUAGGGGAAGCUGUGAACAAUAUUGUGAAACAUUUCCAUAAGCCUGAAAAAGAGCGGGGAAGCCUUACCAUUCUCCUGUGUGGAGAAAAUGGCCUGGUUAUGGCACUGGAGCAGGUCUUCCACCAUGGUUUCAAGUCUGCACGUAUCUUCCAUAAGAAUGUCUUCAUUUGGGACUUCAUAGAAAAGGCUGUUGCCUAUUUCGAGAUGACUGACCAAAUUGGAGACAAUGAAGACAAUGUUCUUCUUCAAAAAUCCUCUCACAAAACAUUUUGCCACUACGUCAAUGCCAUCAAUACUGCUCCGCGGAACAUAGGGAAGGACGGCAAAUUCCAAAUUCUUGUUUGUUUUGGAACUCGGGAUCAUUUGCUCGCCCAGUGGAUUCCAUUAUUGGCAGAGUGUCCCCCGCUUACCCGGAUGUAUGAAGAGAAUGCUCUUCUGCGCGAUCGCAUGAUGGUCAACUCCCUCAUCCGAGUCUUACAGACACUGCAGGACUUCAACAUUGUCUUGGAAGGGUCACUCGUAAAGGGGGUGGAUGUGUAACAUCUAGCCUGCAGACAAUUUUCUUUGUCUCCCCCUCUCACACUUCUCUCCUUUCCUUGGCAAAUGAAAUGCAUCAAGUGGGGAGAGGGCAAAUCUGUGAAAAUGCAAUUGCUGAUGAUCAUGUCCUGCUCUGUGUUUAGAUCAGCUUGUUGAUAAAUGGCAGGGGCUGUGAGAAGACUCCCACACGUGGAGUCUCCAUACUGAUCUGCCCCAACACUGCAAAGGAGCUAAGCUGCAGUAUCAUAGUUUUCAAAUCAGAGGUUUUGUAUAAAAGAGUAUUUUCAUGUGUCGAUUGUGUGUAAAUAGACUAUCUUCCUUUAGAAACGCUAAUUUUUUCUUAGAAUCAGUGUUCUAGGGCAAGGGGUGGGGAUGUAGCUUAAAACAACUUUGUAAGGGAAGGGAGGAAACAUUAUUUGCGCAUAUGGGGGAAAAACCACUUCAUGUUGUAAAUAUUGUACAAAUGUAGUGGGUGGUGGGGGGAGGCUGUGUUGCAAAGGUAGCCAUUGCUGUGUUCCUCUUCUGAAUGUACAUUGUUUGCCGCUUCCCUGUAUGUUUUGAUCUCGUUAUACCAUUUAGAUUCAAUUUUUUUGUGUAUGCACUGAAUCAUCUCUGAGUCAUAGAUUCUGGGUCUUCCUGAUGGAUCUUGUCAUUCAGCUCAAGGGGUCUUUUUUUCCCACCCUGAGGAAUCCCUGUUCCACAAACAGGAAGCUGUUUUAGAAAUUUUGCUACUUGAGAUGAUAAAAAUUGAAGAAAAACAGUAUUAUAAUUGUGACUUAAUUAUGUUUUCAACUUUCUUUGGGGGGUUUUUCCCCCUCCUGCUAUCAUCUUCCCUGGGCUUUUGUGUCCUGUGCUGACACCGCUUCUUCCACGAGACUUUCUUGGAAGAGAAAAAAGAAAACUUUUGGAAGAAAAAGUGAUGCUUUGCCAUCAGCAAUUUAGGCAGAAUUCCUUUAAAUGAUUUCAGAUAGUUAGACUGCAAUCAAAUGUCAACCUAAGCCAUGCUUCAUUUUAAACCCAGUGUGUGAUAUAAUUAGCCUUGCAGAUGUGCAAAACAGGUUUGUUUAACUUAGUUUAUUUUCUUCCUGGAUUUUGCUGUUCUUGCACUGUGCAGAUUGAUUAGAUUUGGGCAAAAACAAACCAGGAUUAAGCCAGGAAAACACAUACCAGGCAGGCCUUUAACAUUCUAAACCAUAGUAAAAAACGAUAAACUAUACCCACUACCCUAAAUUAACUCCCAUUUAGCCCCUGACUCCACUUGCAUGUCAUGCCAACUCAAAAACAAACCGUAAUGUAUUUAAGCAAUGUGUGAAUUCAGCUCCGAAACCUGUGGCUAUUCCCUCUCCCAUAUCUAGAAGAAUGGGCAGUUUGUACAUUGCUUUACUACAUUGGAAGCCUUCCCUACUUGGUGAUUUGCUCAUGUUCUACUCACAGAUUCCUCAUAUGAACAAGAACUUUGCAGCAAAAUUGUAGAUAAGAUCCCUGGUUGUUAUAUAGAAACAGCUUUCCAUGCAGAAAAGUAAAGACUAAUUUUUGAAGCUGAUAGUCAGAUUACCUGUGUGGUUUGGGAACUAGUUCUCCGUUGCUCCUUCACACACCACUUGAAGAAGAUAAGGAGCUUACGGUCACUGGGGAAGCAGUGUUUGUUCUAGCAACGGUUUGUUCCACAGAAAAUGGAACUGCAAGGUAACUUCUCCCAUGUAACACUGGUAUCCACAGGAUGCCCUGGGAGGCACAUACAAGUGCAUUCAAUUCACCGCAAAGGGAUUUGGUAACCAGAAUGUGAAACUGGCAUUUGAAGGCCAACAUUUUCAAAUCCAUCAGGGGGUGGGAGUAAGAGAAUCUCCACAUAGCUUCUGCAGGAACAAAGCAAACUUCCAAUUAUUCCUAGCCAUGAACUUUACCCCGCAGUGAUGAGAAACUAGAUACUGAAAUACCACAAAUGACCCCAGGUAGAUCCCUCCACAAUAUUGAUGCAAAGCACGUGUGUUGGAGGCUUGGAAUUAUUCUGUAUUCAUAUUUCCAAUGAGGUAACUAAGAUGCAAUCUUAAUUAAAGCUGACAAGAAGGUUUUGUGUAGGAGUUACAUCAUUUUUCCUUAACUCAAUAUGCUUACCAUACUUUUCAAAAAUAAGCUUUUGAAACUUCAGCUCUUGGCUUUAACUUUCCAAUAAGCAUUGAGAACUAUUGCAAUUCGGCAUCUAGUCCUCACCCCAUUCGAAGAGACGGACUUCAGACUGUGAUUCUAUUUAACCUCCACUUUGGCUUUUUAUCUUUCUGGACUUUUUCUGUAUUUAAUGCCUCAAAAAUGGGGAUCCAGAUCCAAACAGAGAAGAGGAAUAGAGAGGCUGUCGAAUACCCAGAAUUUUGCUUUUUUGCAUGUUACAAAACUGCCCCAAAGCUGGAUCCCAAAGCUUUUUUUCAAUAGUAUGGCAUUAAAUGAAAAGCCUAAUGCUGUUUGGGUGGCUCCAUUUGCUCCAGAUGAACCAGGAGCGAGCUGGAUUGCUGAACAGAUUGUCUGUCUUGCUUAGCAUCCGUUGGUCUUGUUUGUAGUUCCUUUUCUGCUGACCAGGGGCUUCUCUGAUAACAGGAAAUUGAUGUGAAUAAUGUUAAAUGCUUUAUGCUUGAAAGUCACAGGUCUCUAACAUCUCCACUAGUAUGUAGCGCUAAAUAUCUUACCUGACAAUGUUGUUUCUUUGUUUCACAGCAUAUGAAUGGUGUGCAAGGAACAUUAUGUACAGUAUGUUCUUUUUAGGCAAUAAAGUACUGUAUAACUGUGUAGUAUUAUUACAA